ACACACACACACGCACGCACAGAGAAUCUGUCUCAAUUAUUUCGGCAGUCUCUCUUUUUCACUAUCUCGGAAAUAACUAUUAAAUUCCUGUCUCUAAUUUACUUGACUGCUGAAUACGUUGAAACAUUCUUAUGACUAGGCUGUUAGGGAGGAAGCAGCAGCAGCAUCUCGUGUGAGUGAGGAGAGGUGCUUAGUGUGUCAGGAUGGCAUCUGGUGAGAAAAUCACACUGUCAGAUGCUCUGCAAAAUGUCGACGUGUUGGACGAACUGCAGCUACCCGACCAGCAGCCUUGCAUUGAGGCACAAUCCCUUUCCUUGCACUACCAGGCAAACUUUGAUACAAACUUUGAGGACAGAAAUGCUUAUGUAUCCGGUGUGGCAAAAUACAAGGAAGAAGCCGCUGUACAUGCCGAUUUGAAUCAACUUUUAGAAGAAGGUCAAACUUAUGCUGUGAUGUUAUACACAUGGAGAUGUUGUUCACGAGCUCUUCCACAGGUAAAAAGCAAUGAACAGCCCAACAGAGUUGAAAUCUAUACAACCAUCGUUGAGGUGCUGGAGCCACAUGUCUCCAGUUUGAUGCGUUUUAUGUACUUCCAGAAACGCGCCAUUGAACGGUUCUGCAAAGAAGUCAAGGAGCUGAAACGAAAUGAUUUUGUCUCAGAAGCCUAUCUUCUCACUCUGGGCAAGUUCAUCAAUAUGUUUGCUGAGCUGGAUGAGCUAAAAAACAUGAAAUCCAGUGUCAAAAAUGACUAUUCAGCAUAUAAAAGAGCUGCUCAGUUUUUAAAAGUGACCUAUGAACCGUUAGCGCAACAGGAAUCGCAAAAUCUUUCUAUGUUUUUGGCGACUCAAAAUCGCAUUCGAACUACUUUAAAGAAUGAGCUGAUAAAUAUUGAAGGCUACGAGAAUCUUCUAUCAGAUAUUGUCAACAUCUGCUUGAACAUGUAUGAGAACACUAUGUAUCUAACACCCAGUGAGAAGUAUAUGUUAGUCAAAGUUAUGGCUUUUGGUCUAUUCUUAAUCGACUCCAAAGACAUCAGUAUAUACAAGAUGGAUGCUAAGAAGAAAAUUAACAUCAGCAAGAUUGACAGAAUUCUUAAGCAAUUGGAAGUCGUUCCCCUUUAUGGAGAUAUGCAAAUAGCUCCAUAUCGGUAUAUCCAAAAUGGGGCCAACUUUGACCCUUCCAAGUGGCCGUGCUGUGAAUCCAACCAACCAAGUCCUCAAUCUGACUUGCUCAUGAAUCUGGAAGCAGUCCGCGAAGACCAUAUGAUGUACAUCAGUCAAUUAGCCCGCCAUACAAAUGAGGCAAUUACAACUACAAGAGAGAAUUUCCGUUCAGACGUCGAAAAUAAAGAACUAAGUGAUUUGGCUUUGAAAGGUUUACGUCUCUUGUCAGCCUGGACACAGCUUGUUAUGGAAUUGUAUUCCUGGAAGUUGCUUCACCCAACUGAUCCUCAUCAAAGUCCAAGCUGUCCACCUGAGGCUGAAGAAUAUGAAAGAUCAACUCGGUAUAACUACAGUAGCAAUGAGAAGUUUGCCCUCAUUGAAGUGAUCGCUAUGAUAAAAGGUCUCCAGUUACUUAUGUCUCGUAUGGAGUCUGUCUUUAUGGAUGCCAUCCGCAGACACAUAUUUGCCGAACUUCAAGAUUUUGUGCAGCUUCGGCUGCGAGACAUUCUCCGCAAGGCUGUUAAGAAAAAAAGUGAUGUCAUUAAGAUGAUCAUCAUGUCUGUGAGAGACACAUGUGCAGAUUGGUUAAAGGGCAAGGAACCUCAGGAUGACCCAGCGCUUCGGGGCAAAAAAGACCCUGAGAGUGGAUUUGAAAUAAAAAUACCUCGUCGGAACGUGGCCCCAUCAAGUACCCAGCUGUACAUGGUACGCACCAUGUUGGAGUCGUUGAUUGCAGAAAAAAGUGGUGGUAAAAGAACAUUGCGAAAAGAUAUAGAUUACCACCAUUUAAUGAACAUCGAUAACUUCCACAAGGCCUCCUUCUUCUGGACUUACCAAAUUAAUUUCAAUGAAUCUUUGCAAAAUUGCUGUGAUUUGUCACAGAUGUGGUAUCGAGAAUUCUUCCUUGAAAUGACGAUGGGAAAACGUAUUCAGUUUCCCAUUGAGAUGUCCAUGCCAUGGGUGCUUACAGAUCAUAUUUUAGAGACAAAGGAAGCGUCCAUGAUGGAAUAUGUUCUCUACCCUCUUGAUCUCUACAAUGAUUGUGCACAUUAUGCACUCACCAAGUUCAGGAAGCAAUUUCUCUAUGAUGAAAUCGAAGCUGAGGUGAAUUUAUGUUUUGAUCAAUUUGUAUACAAACUUACUGAUCAAAUAUUCGCUUACUAUAAGCAUCUAGCUGGAAGUAUUAUGUUGGACAAACGUUUCCGAACAGAAUGCGCUAGUGUGGGGGCAAAAAUUUCUUUCCCUGUAGCCAAUCGCUAUACGACUCUACUAAAACAAAGACAUGUACAGAUUCUUGGCAGAUCAAUAGAUUUGAAUCAUCUUAUUGGACAGAGGAUCAAUGCAUCACUACAAAAGUCCCUUGAUAUAGCUAUUUCUAGGUUUGAAGCUGGUGAUCUUACUGGCUGUGUGGAACUGGAAGGGUUGAUUGAAUGCAACAAGCUGGUUCAUAAGCUUCUACGACAAUAUCUAACAAUGAACGAUUUUGAUGCAAUGUUCCGUGAGGCUAAUCACAAUGUUUCUGCACCUUACGGUCGUAUCACGCUACAUGUCUUUUGGGAACUCUACUAUGAUUUCUUGCCAAAUUACUGCUAUAACGCAGCCACCAACAGAUUUGUGAAAACCAGGUUACCAUUUGUGAAUCAGAACCCCAGAGAUAAGAAUCCAAACCCUUCUUACCAUUAUGUCUGGGGUACCAAGGCUCUGAACACUUCGUACAGUGCCAUAUUCAAUCUGUACAAUGGUUUCAUUGGUGCUGCUCACUUCCGUUCCAUCUGCCGUCUACUUGGUUAUCAAGGCAUUGCUGUUGUAAUAGAGGAGCUGUUGAAGAUUGUUCGUAACUUGCUGAAAGGUACUACGAUGGAUUACAUCAAGACACUGAUGAAAGUGAUGCCAAACGUUUGCAAGCUCCUUCGGUACGACUAUGGCUCUCCUGGUGUCAUGGCUUACUACCAAGCACAGCUAAACGACAUGAUUCAAUACCCUGAUCUGAAAACUGAAGUUUUCCAGAGCUUUCGUGAAGUGGGGAAUGCAAUUCUGUUCUGCAUGUUGGUGGAGCAAUCAUUAACCCAGGAAGAAGUGUGUGACUUAAAGCAUGCAGCACCAUUCCAGAAUGUUAUUCCAAAGCCAUAUAUACCAAUCAAAGAGGGAGACAGCCGCAAAGAAAAGGAACAGGAGCUGAAGCUUCUAAUGAAACGUCUUGAAGCUAAAUAUUCCUCCCUGCAAGUGGUUAAUGUUGUGAUGAAACUUGGCAAUCAAAAGCAAGUAGAAAUUGCCACAGAAGGAGACCUGCUGACCAGGGAACGUCUCUGCUGUGGCUUGUCUAUGUUUGAAAUUGUCUUGUCUCGUAUAAAGUCGUUUCUCGAUGAUGAGAUCUGGCAUGGGGCACCACCCUCCAAUGGUGUCAUGAAUAUUGAUGAAUGUACAGAGUUUCACCGACUUUGGAGCGCCAUACAGUUUGUCUUCUGCAUUCCUGUUGGCGAGAAUGAAUUUACUGUUGAAGAGUUAUAUGGUGAAGGUCUGAACUGGGCCGGUUGUGCAUUGAUAGUUUUACUGGGACAGCAACGGCGUUUUGAAGCUCUUGACUUCUGCUACCAUAUACUCAAGGUGAAUAGGGUCGAUAUGAAGGACGACAACGUUAAAGGAAUCAUGUUAAAGAAAAUGGUAGACCGUAUCCGGAAGUUUCAGAUCUUAAACAAUCAGAUAUUCGCCGUGUUGAACAAAUACCUGAAGUCAAGCGAUGCUGACAACACACCCGUUGAACAUGUCCGAUGCUACCAACCUCCAAUUCACCAAUCAUUAGCCACCACUAUUUAAAGCGGCUUUCAGUGGUGGACCAAUGCAGGCGAGUUUAGACAUGGCCAUCGCCUUCAGCAAUCUCUUCAAACCUCUUAACACUUACAGCCAGUUUUCUUUUACUUUUUAUUUCCCCUCUAAACUCUCUUCUUUCUUCUCUCUCUCUUUCCUCCUCAUUUACCUUAUUUCUAUUGCUAUAGCUGUUGCAGGAAGCUUCAGCGCCCUCCUCAUGCGCAUGUUUGCCAUAGCCUGCAGCUUCCACCUCCACCUGGCGAUGAGGUCCACUGCUUUACAUUUGAUGGUAUCCAGUCGGGCGUCUGUCUGCAUCUGUAUGUUGUCUCUUGAUGUCUCUGCUGUAAAUGUUACAUGUGUCUAUAUGCAUGUGUCUAUAUGCAUGUGUCUAUAUGCAUGUGUCUAUAUGCAUGUGUCAGUCCAGGGCACUCCAGCAGGAUCUCGUGCACCAGCAGCUGGAGGUUACAAGGAGACAGCUAGAAAUUUCAUAAUUUGCCACUGAUUAAAUGGUGGGAACGAUUGUGAUGAUGAUGGUGGUGGUGGCUAUGGUGAUAGAGGAUCACCUUGAUCGCUCGAAAGACAGCAGUCGUUUUCAAUGACUUCUUCCAUCAAGCCAUCUUCCAAUUGAGUCUUUAAUUCUCUUUCUUCUAAAUUAUCUCUCUCUCUCUCUCUCUCUUCCUCUCUCUCUCUUCCUCUCUCUCUCUUCCUCUAUCUCUAUUUCUAUUUAUCUCUCCCCCACCCCUCUCGUGUUCUCACUGAUGAAAUCUGGCUCGUUAAUAAGAGAAAAGUGAAAAGAAGUUAAACAAAGAAACCAAACUAACAUUGGAGGAAAUAAAUGUUAGUAAAAGUAUUUAAAAAAAGAAGCAAAACAUUAAAUGAAACAAGAGUAAAAAAAAAAUGUAAUGACAAGGGAAUGUCUGCUCCUAGUCUUGUAGACAAGGAUUCUGAUAAUUAUUCUUUAAUAUUACCUGCCCUCUGCCACAGUCUCUCGAUGUACACACACAUAUAUACACUUAACUUCACCUUCUAAUGCUAAUUAUUCUUCUAACUCUCAGAAUAAACCACGAGUCUAGCAGUAUUCCCCACUGAACAUUGUCUGCUGAAAUCUGGAUAUUAGACGAAAGAAAAUGAUCUCUCUUCUUAUACCACCUGUGUGUGUGUGUGUGAUCGUGUAUGUUGGAGUGUGUGUGUUUUGGUGUGUGACGGUGUGUGUUCGUGCAUGACUAUCUUCAAUUCAUGAGCAGCAUAUAUAGCCGUAGCUGCACAUGAUUUGUGUGUGUGUGUGUGUGUGUGUGUGUGUGUGUCUGUGCAGCUGUGCUCACUUAUCUGUUUGGAUGGACAAAGCUUCACUACUUCCCCACACACACAAUGUGUGUUUAUAGCUUCCCCACAUUUACCCAACCCUAUGUGCAGAUGGGUAAAUGCAUGUGUGUGUGUGUGUGUGUGUGUAUGCAUCUGCUGCACAUAAAUCUCUGCAUUUAUAUGUCCACACUUACAUAGCUGUUUUGUGCGCCUGCUUGCACAGAGCCAUGUUUGCUGCUGGGGCAAUGACCCACACUCGUUAACCUGUAAAUUAAAGCUGCUCUUAGAUCUCCGUGGUUUCAGCUUACACUUUCCUGUAUUUGUGGACUCAGCUACUCACACUUACCUGCCUGAGUUCUGUUGUCCACAUUUUACCCGUGCAGGAACAGUAAACGAUAUGCCAUUAAUGGUGUGUAGUGCUCCCCUCUCCCAGUGGUGGUAGUGGUGGUCGUGGUUGGAAGUCAGGGUAUUCUCGAUCAAUUAGUCUACCUUCGCAAUACUACAAUACCCUAUAUUAUUAUUAUUAUUCAUUUACCCGUAUUAUACAAUUAGUGUGCAGUUUUGUUUUGGGUUUGAAAACUAAAUCUUUUUUUUUUCUUCGCCUCCUACACAACCUUCAACACUUGCUGAAACCUGGAUUAUGAUUUUAACCAGUUCCUUCCUUGCAAACACAAAAAAACCUACCCUGUCUUACUGAAUACCUUCAUGCUUAGCAAUUCUUUUGUCUGUGUCUGCAGAUGUUGCUAGAGCAGUUGGAAGCCGGGUUAAGAUUUAUCCAUCACUCCACUAUUCUACUCUUCCUCCUCCGUCUCAGCUUGGCUCGCAAACCAAGUUAUUUGCCCCCCCCCCCUCUUUUCGCCCAUACUUGCACACACUGUAGUUGUUUGUGUUGUCGUAAUACAGUGGUUGUAUCCCUCUACAUUUAUAGACUUGUGCUAUAGAAAAUUGCACGAGAAAAUAUUUACAGGCUUCUAGGGAAAAUAAAACAGAUCGUGGUGUGCUGUCAAAGUAAUAAGAGGGAGUGAUAGACCACCAGGCAUGUAAUUCACAAUCGAAAGCUAAUGAUUUAGUAAAAAGGAAUGAAUUUCUUUAAAAGACAAUAGUUAAGUAGAAGUACCAAACAUGACUUGGGAAUGGUGUCAUUGGGAAAAAAUAUGGAAAACCAUUUGAUAAAGUGAUUGACGUAACAUGAAAGAUCUGACUUUUUUGCUUUGUUUCAUGUGUAUAAAUAUUUGACACUGGAAUACUAAAGUCAUUUCAGUUGACUAAUUCAACCGUCAAAAUAUCUGGCCUUGAGUCCAGUGCUAGAAAUCAGAGUUUAGCAGUGAAACUAUGCAGAAAUCUGUGUACAUCAUCUUCAAGAAAGAGAAGUUAUUGUGAUGGCGAUUACUGGAGCAUCUUGAGACGAAGGUUAAUGAUCACAAUCAUCACCAUCAUCAUCAUCAUCUCUGUCUUCAGAUUUUGCUACAGAUCUUUCUGAUGUUCUCACAGAUGGAACAUAGCUAAACUAACUGGUUCAAACAUUGGAUCGUGAUUAGAAUUAACCCUUUAGCAUUCAGAUGCCUAUUCACAUUGCUUUGAAUUAAUCUUGCAUUAUCUUGUAGCUUCAAGGUUUUCAAUGAUAUGAUUGUUUAUGUCUAGAAUGACAUUGCUGGGUAGGUGUGAAAGGCCAGUUCUGGCCAUUCUGAACUUCAAACAGGUGAAAUAUUCGGCCCAGUUUAAAUGCUAAAGGGUUAAAAGGUUUGACUGCUGCUGCUUUGAUUUUCAUUUUGCAGCAGAAAUUUUAAACAAACAAAAAAGAAAAUCAAUCAGAAUUUAUAGAGUACCUCUCCGAAAGCACUUCACAACAAAGUACAUGGAUCAAGUCCAUGUGCAUGCAGGAGGAGUCCUGCUGAUGUAGUCAUUAUAUUUUUGUCUUCACUAUUUAAAGUGCUGUAAAUGAAUAACAAUAACCAACACACAGCUAACCCUUUAAUCUGUUGGUUGAUUCCCAUUCUGUGUGUCCGUGUGUCCCUCUUUCUCCUGUGCCAUAUUCUUGUUAUAACCACACACAACCCUCAGCCAUUCAAUUCCUCUGUUUUUCACACUCAGAGACGAUUCUUUGAAUUUUCUUCCUAUGGGUUCUUCAGGGUCGUGAAAAAUGUAAGGUGGUCAUUGUCGUUAAAACUGAGGAAACACCUUUGAUAAGGUUUUUUUUUUAUUUUUUCAACUUUUUGUCAAAUUUUGUCUUUAUUGUCUGUUCAUGUAUGUUCUGAUAAUAAUAAUAAUAGGCACAAGACCGGAAAUUUGGUGGUAGGGGGUUAGUUGAUUGCAUCAACCCCAGUGCUCAACCAGUACUUAUUUCAUCAACUCUGAAAGGUUGAAAGGCGAAGUUGACCUUGGUGGAAUUUACUCAGAACAUAAAAACGAACAAAAUACCGCUGACCAUUUUGCCCGGCAUGCUAACGGUUCUGCCAGCUCACUGCCUUAAAAUUAUAACAACUAUAAUAGUGGUGUCCCUCCAAUGUUCAAUAUCCCACCAGUGGAGCCGACACCCACACUAUGAACUAAUGAUACAUGUGUCGCCGUAUGCAGUGCCCUUCUUUGCUGGCUGCAAGAAUUUGCCAUACCUAUCCCCCUCCUCUCAAACCACUGAUUUCUAAAUAGUGAAAUGUGUGUGGGGGUGGGAGUGGGAGUGGGAGUAAGGCCAUUUGUGUAUUGCAAACUGUGUCUUGUCUGUUGGAGACACCGUGGAGUCUUCUAGUUAUGGGAGGAAACGGAUCAACAGCUCUUCAGUUGGUAGUUGGUUGUCACCCUACGUUAAGGGUACAUGUGUCUGUGGAGUGCUCAGCCACUUGCACGUUAAUUUCACGAGCAGACUGUUCCGUUGAGUAGAUCAACUGGGACCCUCGUCGUCGUAGCCGACGGAGUGCCACGAUUAUUAUUAAUAAUAAUUAUUUAAGGGGAUAAGUGUGGUAGAAUCAUAAGCCUGUCCUUAGCAAUAUUUCUGUCAUCUCUACAUUCUGAGUUCAAAUCCCACCAUGGUCCACGUUGCCUUUCAUCUUUGCGGGGCUGAUGAACACAGUGUUCGAGGCAAUCGACUCCCUCCCUUCCCUGGAUCUGCUGGCCUUGUGCCAAAAUUUAGAAUCAUUAUUAUUAUUAUUAUUAUUAUUACUUUUAUUUUGUGACCUAUUAUAUUUUCAAUUUUUUUAUUUUGCUGUUUUUUGUUUUGUUUUUUUCCUUUGCAGUUUUUUUUCUAUAAUUAUUUAUAUAUUCAUUUACUAUGAAAAUGACAAUUAUGAACAUUUCUUCAGCAUUUAUAUUUGCGGUUUAGUCAGUAUGUGACUGUUACCAAAACACAGUAAGCAUAGCUAGCCUUUGACUGGAUCACAGCUUUAGUUCACAUGUCAUAUAGCCAGAUAUUGACUUGCCAUAGAUCUCCUUGAUAGUGGCUGCCCAAGGGUUACACAACUAUGUGUGCAUGCACACACACACACACACACACACACUCUCUCUCUCUCAUGUAAUAUCUAUUUUUAGACACAUACAUACAUACACACACACACAUUAUAUAUAAAAUAUAUGCUUAAUAUUAUUUGCUUGAGGCCUUGUGUUUAUCAUAUAUAAUCAGAUAUAAACUGGUGCAAAUGGUCUUUUUUUUUUGUGUGUGUGUAUGCUUCUUCUUCUUCCCUUCAUGAAAAAGAGCCACAUUGUAUUCAUGUCUUUACAAAGCCUCUUCUGUCAGCGUUGCAUUUGACACCUGAAAAGAGCAGGUUUCAAAAAUGAUUACAGUGGUAUAAAACCCAUAGGAUUUCAUUCAGUAUGCCAACCAGAGGCCUCUCUUUAGAUCUUCCUCCAGGCAUUUAUGCAAUUAUUGCUGCAACUCAAUACUCUUAAGCUGUGCUCUUUUUACAUUAAAAUAUCAUUUUCUUAGAUUAAUUGUCAGAGUGUAAAUUAUCCUUCAGCAGGAUUUCACACAUGAGGGUCCUGACCUCAUGCCUAGGUAUUUCAUUAGAACCAAGAGUAGCUUGAUGGCAUCCAAAAGCUUUCUGCCACAUGAAUUGCAUAGCUAAUGAGAAACUAGCAGCUUUUACCAGCAUAUUACCAUCACUUCAAGGAUUUAUAAGAGCAGUGAUCUGAAAGUAUUCAUGCAGAACUUUCUUUGGCAGCAGAACAUUUACUUUGUGUGUAUGUGUGUGUGUGUGUGUAAGCUGAAAAUGCACUUGGAGUUUUUAAGAAAAUUUAUUCAGUUUAACCAGUUUGACGAUUUCAUUAUUUUCCAAAAAUAGUAGAGAAGAGGGACAUGGAGUUUUGCCAAAUUUGUCUUGACUCUUGAGACUCUGAGAGUCAAGACUAAUAUAACAGAGCUCCAAGACCCUUAUCUCUACCACUUUUGGAAAAUAAUGAAAUUGUGAAACCAGUUAAGUAACUCUAAAUAAAUUUUCUUAAAUACUCCAAGUGCAUUUUCAACUUCUUUAUAUUUCUACUCACGUGAGAGAAAACAACUUAUUUUCUUGUGUAUGUGUGUGUAUACACACCUGUAUAUGUGUGUGUGUAUAUAUAUAUAUAUAUAUAUAUAUAUAUAUAUGUAGAUGUAUGUGUACAUGCACUCAUAUAUACACACAUACAUACUAUCUGUAAUCUCUUGAAUUUCUAGGAAUCAUUCUCGGUCAUUAUUAUUAUUAUUUAGAUUGACUGAGUCAGAGCAUCAGAUAAUAUCUUAUGGUAUUCGUUUCAGCUUUUUUUAUGUUCUGAAUUCAAAUCCUGACACGAUCAGCCUUUUUACCUUGUGGGGUUUGCUAAAUCAACUAACUCCCACCCACCUCUGCCAAAUUCCUGACCUUGUACCUAUGCUGGACAUAACUAUUAUUAUUAUUAUUAUUGUUAUAUUUUUAAAUUAUAAAUUACUGCGUGGCUAAAAUUCAACUUCCCUUAUGUAAAAAAAUCUGUAUUGCCUCUCCCUUCACCCUCUUCCCCCCAGGGCCCUUAUAACCAAAUUUAUAAGCUUCUGGGAUUUUUAUAAACUCUGGGUUUCAAGUUUUGUCUCCUAAAGCAGUUAUUGCAUUGAGCCCUUAAGCAAGACCCUUAACUCUAAUCGCCCCUAAAAACUUUUAUGCCUUUGUGAGAAAUCCUUAUAUCCAGUUUCCUGGUAUUUAUUCCACUUUACAAUAUUUUCUGUAUUUAUUUGUUUUUUUUUUUCUUUAUUGUAGACAUUUUUUAUACUUUUUUUAUUUCUUAAUUUUUAUUUUCUCUCCUCCUCUACUCCACUUUGGAAUGAAUAUUUUUACUUUUCCAUAUUUUUUUUUUGUUUCAAGCCAGAAUGUCACUAAAUCCUGUAAAUAUGAAAAAAAGAUAUGUAUCUUUU